AUAAGGAACGAGUUGAGGAUGAUUUAUCAAAGGCAAAAGAAGAAACAAGACAGUUUAAAAAGCAAUUGAUAGAAUUGACAAGUGAUGUUGAUGAACUUAGAAAUGAACGAGAGAAACUUUUAUCCAUUAAAGAAGAAAAAGAGAUUAAAUACGAAGAUCUUCGAAUCAAGUAUCAAGAGUUGGAGAAACAGAAAGACUUGGCCAAUAAUGAGCUUUCGAAGAUUAAAUUGGAAUAUUCUAAUAAAGAAAACCAUAUUAAUAAGACAAAGGAUAAUAUAUCAAGUAUGGAAAAUUUAUUAGAAGAACAAAGAUCAGGUAUAAGCAAGCUUAUGAAAGAAAUGGCAGCCAAAGAAGAAGCUUGGAGUCAAAAAGAGGCAGAUCUUAUUUCAAAUUAUGA